CUGUUCGAUACAUACGAACAGUAUAAAUUGAACUGAAACCUAAAUCAAUGUAUCACAUUCACAACAACAGUUGUUCAGCUACUUGUUUUUACAAACAUAUCAAAACAAUAAACAAUAUGUUCAAACUGUUUAUCUUCGCUUGCUUCCUGGCCCUCGCUGCCGCCAAACCCGGAGUACUAGCCCCAGUGGCAUACACCGCCCCCGUAGCGGCGGCGUAUACUGCACCCGUGGCGGCCGCGUACACCGCUCCUGUCGCAUACACCGCCCCUGUUGCAGCCUACUCGGCGUAUGGUUAUGCUUCCCCAUAUGCUGCUUACUACCUGCGUCGCUGAAUAUAAAAAAUACGAAAGGACUAUAAUUACUUCAUUUGAAUAAAACGAAUAUUAUUAUGUA